AUGGAUACGCUAAUCAUCGAAGGAGAAGACGAGGCGGCGUUAGCCUCCGUCGUCCCCGCUCCUCCUCACCGCAAAACACAAUCCUUCAGCCACCAAUUCGACCUAAAGCCACACCCUAACAUCCGCCGCAACCGCAAACACAGCCUCGAAGAGAUCCCUCAAUCCGCCACCUUAGCCGCCGAAACCGCCGUCUACUUCGACUCCUCCGACGACGAAUUCUCCACCGGAGGAGUCGUCGUAAACGGCGACAACGUCGCAGACGGAACCGUCACCGGCGACGGUUACGCCGUCGUCACGCCUCCUCCCAACGCCGUCGUCGGAGACGACGGCGUCGAGCCCCUCCCGGAGUUCAUCGGGGCGGGAGGAGGCGCGGGGAUAUUCAAGGCGCCGGUGCGGGCGGCGGUGCAUCCCGGACGGCCGCCGUGUCUGGAGCUGAGGCCGCAUCCGUUGAGAGAGACGCAGAAUGGGAAGUUCUUGAGGAACAUUGCUUGUACGGAGACGCAGCUAUGGGCGGGUCAAGAGAACGGCGUGAGGUUCUGGAAUUUGGAUGAGGCUUACGUGGCAGAGUGUGCGGGAGAAGGACAGGUACGGCGUGGGGAUGAGGAUACGUCGCCGUUUCAUGAGUCGGUUACUACGGCUCCAACAAUGUGUUUGGUUGCUGAUCUAAGCAACAAGCUUUUGUGGAGUGGGCAUAAAGAUGGAAAGAUCCGGGCUUGGAAGAUGGAUCAGAGGCCUUGUAAUGGUGCUUGUGAUGAUGAUUUAAAUCCUUUUAAGGAGAGAAUCUCAUGGCUAGCUCAUCGUGGUCCUGUGAAUUCAAUUGUCAUUAGCUCUUAUGGUGACAUGUGGUCAUGUUCUGAAGGAGGUGUGAUCAAAAUAUGGCCUUGGGAGUCGUUGGAGAAGUCUCUUAUGCUUAAACUGGAGGAGAAACACAUGGCUGCGUUGCUAAUAGAGAGGUCUCCCAUUGACCUUAGGAGCCAAGUUACUGUCAAUGGGACAUGCAGCAUAUCUUCCUCUGAAGUGAAGUAUUUGUUAAAUGAUACAGUUAGAGCUAAAGUGUGGGCUGUGCAGUCACUCUCAUUCUCAAUCUGGGAUGCUCGGAGUAAAGACCUCUUGAAAGUUUUCGAUGUCGAUGGGCAAAUUGAGUGUCGUGCAGACAUGCCACCUAUGCAUGGCCAACAAGGUGACCAUGAGACGAAAGUGAAGCUUCCCACACCUUCCAAAAAGGAAAAAUCACCAGGCUUUAUACAAAGAUCACGUAACGCCAUAAUGGGAGCUGCAGGUGCUGUUCGCCGAGUAGCCACUAGAAGUGCAGGAGGGUUUGUGGUGGAAGAUACAAGGAAAACAGAAGCGAUCGUCUUAGCUGUAGAUGGAACUAUUUGGACAGGUAACAUGAGUGGCCUUAUUGUCCAGUGGGAUGGAGAUGGAACCCGCAUGCGGUAUGUGAAUCAUCAUCACAGGGCUGUUCUGUGCUUUUGCACUUUUGGUGAUCGAAUCUAUGUGGGAUAUGCAAGUGGCUACAUCCAGGUGUUGGAUCUUGAUGGAGAUUUAGUAGCAAGCUGGGUUUCACAUAAUGAGCCUGUGAUAAAGCUAGCAGCAGGUGGUGGUUUUGUAUUUAGUUUGGCUACUCAUGGUGGAGUAAGAGGAUGGUAUGUGACGUCUCCAGGACCUAUAGACAAUAUUAUCCGAACAGAGUUGUCUCAAAAGGAAACUUUAUAUGCUAGAAAAGAUAGUGUUAGGAUUUUGGUUGGUACUUGGAAUGUUGGUCAACGACAGGCUUCACAUAGUGCACUUAUGUCUUGGCUGGGCUCGGUUACUUCAGAUGUUGGUAUUGUUGUUGUUGGGUUGCAAGAAGUGGAUAUGGGGGCAGGUUUCCUUGCCAUGUCUGCUGCUAAGGAAACGGUUGGACUUGAAGGAAGUGUUCAGGGACAAUGGUGGAUUGAUGCAAUUGGAAAAGCACUUGAUGAGAAGAAAACAUUUGAUCGUAUGGGUUCAAGGCAGUUGGCAGGGCUUCUUAUAUCUCUUUGGGCGAGGAAGGAGAUUAGAACACAUGUUGGAGAUCUUGAUGUUGCAGCAGUCCCAUGUGGCUUUGGCCGUGCCAUUGGCAACAAGGGAGGUGUGGGUCUGAGAAUCAGAGUUUAUGACCGGACCAUGUGCUUUGUGAACUGCCACUUGGCUGCGCAUUUGGAGGCAGUUAACCGUAGAAACGCUGAUUUCAAUCACAUUUUCCGGUUAAUGGUCUUCUCACGAGGACAAACUCUAAGUAACGCUGCUGCAGCUGGUAUGGUGCUGUUACUGUUCUUGUCUUGCUCACUUGGCUUUUCCACAUAUUUAUUUUGGCUGCUUUAUUCUUCUGGUUUGCCAUGGGCACUCUCUCUUGCAGCUGGUGCCUCAACAGCAGCUUAUACACUAAAGACCACCACUAAUCCAAGUCCCGGAGCUGAAGAAGUUAAGUCUGAUUUAGCAGCAGCAGACAUGAUCACAUUUUGUGGGGACUUUAACUAUAGGCUGUAUGGUAUAAGCUAUGAUGAAGCUAGAGACUUCAUUACGCAGCGAUCUUUUGACUGGCUUAGAGAAAUGGACCAGCUUAGACAAGAGAUGAAGCUUGGUAAAGUCUUCCAAGGAAUGCGUGAGGCAUUAAUCACUUUCCCUCCCACUUACAAAUUCGAAAGGAAUAAAUCAGGCCUUGGAGGUACCAAAUGUAGAUAUAUGAAUUUGUUACAUUUAUGUUCUCAUCUGUUUUCUGCAUGGUUAUAA